AUGGCGACUCUCCCUCAAUUUGCGCCUUUCCCGGAAGCGCCAUGGAGGAAUCACAUCGUACCCGAAGAGUGGGAAACUUGCCUAGCCAACUGGCUCGCGCUGGUAGAGGCUCACCUUUCUUUGCCAGAGGGCCAGUUUACUAGUUUGUCCGCCGGUGAUGGAACAUUACUAUCGUUUCUUGUCUCUUUUGUGGCAGAAGCCUCAGCAAACGGUGCUACCGUACUCGGCACCUCACAAUUCGCAAAGCUUCUAUUCCGCCAAUCUUUCCUUCUAGUUGCUAGACUACUGCGAAUGCCUUCCCCUCCUCCUCCGCUGCUUCAGUGGGAAUUCCUUUCCGACUUUAGCCGCCUAUUUUCAAAAAAGAGAGCAUCCACUCUGAUCAGCCAGAUCUCCCAGAAGCCACAAGUGAUAAACUCGUUGACCGUCCUCAAGAAAUCAUUGAUCGUAGAUCUUGAUUCGGGCCUCAAGGGUGACCUCAGAACCUUAGAGUCUCGGUUGAAGAGACUUAAUCACCUCAUCCACACAUCUCCCGAAAUAGCUGCAUUCUUCUUGGCCGGGAGUGAUUUUCUCGAUGGGCUCAUUAGUUGCUACAAAAUCAUGAACCCCCCUUUGAGAAAAGCGAUUGUGACAACAGCUUAUUUAUGUCUAAUUGGGUUGACUGAGGGUAAUCCUCCUAAUUUUUCCAUGCUGACUGACCAGCUUUACUCCCUUAAAGCCGCUGCCGACAGCCAUAAAGCAGGGCCGUUGAACGUGAACGACUCUAUGGUGGCUGAAUUGGUUACAGUUACACCCAUCCUCAAGCAGUUUCAGCACCGUUUUGAGGAGUCUGGCUCGGGCGCAACACGAUGGAAGUCAAUUAUUGUUGCGCUGGAAGGCUUUCGAAAACCCGGUGGUAAUGCUAGACCGAAGAAAAUAGUUAAACGGAAGAUCGACAAAGGAAAGGGAAUUAUGACCGAGGACGAUGAUGUCCUGGGAGAAAUGAAAAUACAUCGCAUGAGCCAGAUAUCCCAAAUACAAGAUCUAUUCCCAAAUCUAGGUUCUGGCUUUGUUUCGAGGCUGCUAGAUGAAUACGAAGACAAUACCGAACAAGUUAUCGCGCACCUACUUGAAGAUUCCCUACCGGCUCACUUAGCCGCUGCAGACCGCACGGAGGAGCUAUCUCAAGAAAGAAGUAGGAGGAAAAGUCGCGAUAUUGCACCUCGACCGACACCGCCGCUCUCACCUUCUAGGCGCCACAAUGUAUUUGAUGGUGACGAAUUUGACAAGCUGGCAGUGGACAUGUCUAAUAUUCAUUUCGGAAAACGAAAUCCAGAGAAAUCAGCAGAUGAUAUUUUGAAUGAUAAAUCAUCCGCCCCUAACAAGGCUGCUAUCCUCUCUGCACUUUCUGCAUUUGACGCAGAUGAUGACGAACGUGACGACACAUACGAUGUUGCAGACGCUGGGUUGGUAGCAAACGACGGAAAUCCAGAAGACGCAGAUGAUCAAAAACGAAAGGACGCAAGUGAGGAAGCUCUUUUCAGAGCUUACCAGUCAGAUUCAAAGGUAUUCGAUAGAGACGCAGCUACGAGACGAGGCCAAAGCAGAUCAAAACUAAAACAGCAGACGGGAAUGACUGACGAGGCCAUCGAGGGUUGGGCCUUGAUGCUAACGAGAACGCCGCAUCAGAUGAGACAGUUGGAGAUGAAAUAUAGCGCGUUUAGCGGCGACCAGCCUGCUUUAGCCCCAACUGCUUGGCGUGCGAGCCCAGCAGAAUCGGCAGCAGAAGACUCAGAGAUUGACGGUGGAGGAAACAAUACCAAUAAUCCCCGAGGCGGAUCUGGUAAUCGUGGCCGCGGCCGUGGUGGUCGAGGACGAGGUAGAGGCGGUGGUCGUGGAGGAAAUGUUGCCGGACCAUCUGGUGAUAAAGAUACCGAAAGCGCUAGGAGGCGUAAGGAAGCGAGCAAGGGGUCCAGGGCCAAUCAUAACCGUCGAGACCAGCGCGCAAGAAAGAUGGCACGUGGGGGCUUGGCAGGAUAG